AAUGAAUUCACGCCCCGCGCACAGUCUCUCGCCGCAAGGGCGUUUCACUAGCACGUUUGGGCGCGUUGGGCGGUGUCCGGAUAUAAAAGACUCAGCCCGAGCGGGCAGCCGCCAUUCUGGGGUUCGUUUAGAGGUUUGAAUUUUCUCGGAGAAAGACGGGCCGGCCACGAGGAGAAAAGAAACAAGCCGCAGCAACAUCUAAGCCCUUGAAAGGAUCCUGAGAGAGGGGGGAAAGGGAAAACAGCAGCCACCAGCCCAACCACUUGUGUCUUCUGCCCCUUCCCACCUAUCUUGCCCACCCCACCAGCCCACGCUGCCUGGGACUUGAAAUCUGUGGCCGAAGGACCGUCACCACAUAACUUCAAAAAUAAUCAACCACCCUCCCUUCCCAAACCCACCCAAAUUCACUCAUCCAGCGUUUACUUUUUUUAAUCCACUCAGAACUUUUUUUCUACGACCCCCCUCCCUACAUGGAGUUGGGUGGGGGGGAAAUGAAUACUGAGUUGGCCUUUAUUUUUUUUAAGGAGACUUUUUGAUCCAAUGAGGCCCCGCAAAUAAUUGAGUUUUGGGUCCUGGUUGGUGGUUUUAUUUUUUUUCUCCAAAAUUUUAACCCCCUCCCCCCUGAGCCCGAGGUGCUGACGUCGCAAAAAAAUUGGAUAGUAAGUGUCGAAUUUUCAAAAACCAGCCUUGCAACAAGAAAUCAACGUUUCCCUUUGUGAAACCAAAAAUAAUGAGAGGAAGAAAUGAGACCGUAGAACAAAUAGAGAACUGGAGAAGGACCGAUCCGGUCACUUAAUCUCCAUUAAAAAGGGCCUUUGGGUCUAAACAGUGUUCUCUCUCCCCUACCACCUGCCUCUUCCCUGCUCUGCUGCAGGCUAGGAGAGGGUGGAGGGAGGGCCCGCAAGUUAAGAUUUUGAUGGUUAACCCUUGGUAAUCCAGCCAAUUUCCAGACUGCCAAAGCCAUAAGUGUUUGCUUUUUAUAAGGAGGUAUGGUUACCUUCCUCUCGUUAGCAGCAGUCUUCAAAAGGGUUAAUGAGCUCACAUACAAAAGAUGGUGGAUUUUGUGGCCCAGAAGUCCCACUUCUUUGUGUGUGAGACAAGCAGGGCGCCUUUCAAUUUGCCAGAUUAAUAAGCAAUCUGUACAUAAAGAUUGCAGGGUAAGGAGAUGGGCAGAGAGAAAUAGGUGGCUAUGACUUUUUAAAUGAUUGUUAACUCUCAAUUUUAAUGUAAUUUGUUUGGGGUAUAUUUGUGUGGUUAAUAUAGGUGGCAAUCUAGGAAUAAAGAUUGCAAGACACUUAAUUCAGGGCAAAAUAUAAUCUUAGUGCCAAUACAUACAAGAUACUGGGGAGGUAAAGAAUGUCUUGUAAUUGUUGCAGAUUGCGUAGGUUAUUUAAAAGCAAAAAAAAGUGAUUAACAUUUUAAUUUGAUACUUUUUGGUGGGAAUACAGUUAAGUAGAGGGUGGAAAGGUUGGGGAAAUGUGGAAUUCAGGAGUAUAAUUUUAAAAGCCAUUUAGUGCAAUUGAAUGCUAGCUUUCUAAAAGAUUUGUGUCGUUAAAAGGAAUUUUUUUCUUCCCUGCUUCAAUAUGGCGACUUUCUUUGUCCUUUUGUCUUCCAAGCGGCGUUGCAGGUUGUGUCUUGACCCAUUUUUCUCCUGUCCUCCCACCUCAACCCUAUUUGUUGAGAGGGGUCCAAGUCCUCCCCCCUUUCCCUUUAUAGGGAGGAUGGGGGGUGGUCGACAGUAGCAAGUUGAACCUCAAUUGGAAAUUCAGUUCUUCCCCGCAGAAAAUUGUUCUUUUUAAUAUUUUAAUUGCUUUUAUUUUCACACUGCUCUUAUUCAAAGUAGGUCAAAGACUAUUCAGGAUGGGGGCUGCUUUUUGUCUUUUGGUUUUUUUUACUAAAAGGUUUUUUAAUGUAAAAAGCUACCGGCAGAGCCGGGAUAGCUUUUUAAGUUUGAGUCCUCUUCUCCGUAACAAGAUGGCGUCCCUGCUUUGUUGUUUUUCUCCCCCUUUUGCCAUCCAGAGCUUAGGGCCGCCCUAGAAACUUGGUCAAGGGGGAGGAGCAGCAUUGAAAGGUGAUGUAAUCAGCUUUCUUCCUCCUUUCUCCACCCUCUUUAAACUCCACCCCGAGCAGAUGCCUUCUGGACUCUUGUGCACGCUGCUGCUAGACAGGAAAAGCCAUUUUCCUUAUUUUCUUUAUAACCUUUUAUAGCCAUUAUCUUAAAAGGAAAAAAGCUUAUAGGAAUUAGGUCUUGAAGCUGUCCGUCUCCUUGGGCAGCUUUAGUUUUUGUAUUUAACGAUCCCGAGUCUGUUGCUUUUAUUUUCACCCUCUUUCAUCACUACUGCUUGGAAUUUUUCCCCGCUUCAGUUGCCAGGGGUGGAAACCAGUCAAAACAGCUAUACUAGGACUGGAAGCUUUUGAGGGGAGUGUGUGUGAGCGUGUGUUUGUCUUCUCUGUGUGUUGGGGGAUACUGGAGGAAGACACAAGGGCUUGUGAAUGAGUAACUGGAAUAGACAACUGGGGCCUAAUGACACUGAAAUGUGCCGUUUCUGCUCAGGAAUCAGUCCUUGGGCCUCUUGCAUUUGGUGGCUUUGUAUGAUGAGAAUCUGGGGGAGAGUGGGUACUUUAGGACUUUCUUCUAAAUCGCCCUUAUUCCCGCCUCUGGGUUUGGGGGUAAGCUCUUUGUGUUCAGUGCUGUAUCACGUUCUCCAGUUGCUUAGCUCCUGUACAUUGGUACUAGGAUGAGAAGUGAAUCGUUAGGAAAGGAGGCGGCAGUUGUAAACUCAAGGCAGGGGGAUUCAAGCUACGGUUUCUGAAAACCUCAACCAUGGGUUCGGGUCCCAUAGACCCCAAAGAGCUUCUCAAGGGCCUGGAUAGCUUCCUUAACCGAGAUGGGGAAGUCAAGAGUGUGGAUGGGAUUUCGAAGAUCUUCAGUCUGAUGAAGGAAGCACGAAAGAUGGUGAGUCGGUGCACUUACUUGAACAUUCUCCUGCAGACCCGUUCACCAGAAAUAUUGGUCAAGUUUAUUGACGUUGGUGGUUACAAGCUUCUUAACAAUUGGCUGACAUAUUCAAAGACAACCAACAACAUUCCCCUCUUGCAGCAAAUUCUACUGACCCUGCAGCACCUACCACUCACUGUUGACCAUCUCAAGCAGAACAACACAGCCAAACUGGUGAAGCAGCUGAGCAAGUCAAGUGAGGAUGAAGAGCUCCGGAAAUUGGCCUCAGUCCUUGUCAGCGACUGGAUGGCUGUCAUCCGCUCCCAGAGCAGUACCCAGCCUGCUGAGAAAGAUAAGAAGAAACGGAAAGAAGAGGGAAAGAAUCGAACCACCCCUCCUGAGCGACCGUUGACUGAGGUGAAGGCUGAGACUCGGGCUGAGGAGGCCCCAGAGAAGAAGAGGGAGAAGCCCAAGUCCCUCCGAACCACGGCGCCCAGUCACGCCAAGUUCCGCUCUACCGGACUAGAGCUGGAGACCCCAUCUUUGGUGCCUGUGAAGAAGAAUGCCAGUGCAGUGGUGGUUUCUGACAAGUACAACCUUAAACCCAUCCCCCUCAAGCGUCAGAGUUCCGCAGCUGCCCCAGGAGAUGCUGCGCCCCCUGCAGAGAAGAAAUACAAGCCACUCAACACAACACCCAAUGCCACCAAAGAGAUCAAAGUGAAGAUCAUCCCGCCACAGCCUAUGGAGGGCCUGGGCUUUCUGGAUGCGCUCAAUUCAGCCCCUGUUCCAGGCAUCAAAAUUAAGAAGAAGAAGAAGGUGCUGUCACCCACAGCUGCCAAGCCAAGCCCAUUUGAAGGGAAAACGAGCACAGAACCGAGCACAGCCAAACCUUCUUCCCCAGAGCCAGCACCUCCUUCUGAGGCUAUGGACACAGAACGUCCAGGGACCCCAGUUCCCCCUGUUGAAGUCCCAGAGCUCAUGGAUACUGCCUCUUUGGAGCCAGGAGCUCUGGAUGCAAAGCCAGUGGAGAGUCCUGGAGAUCCUAGCCAGCUGACCCGGAAAGGCAGGAAGAGGAAAACUGUGACCUGGCCUGAGGAGGGCAAACUGAGAGAGUAUUUCUAUUUUGAACUGGAUGAAACUGAACGAGUGAAUGUGAAUAAGAUCAAGGACUUCGGCGAGGCAGCUAAGCGAGAGAUACUGUCAGACAGACACGCGUUUGAGACGGCCCGGCGUCUGAGCCACGACAACAUGGAGGAGAAGGUGCCCUGGGUGUGCCCCCGGCCCCUUGUGCUGCCCUCGCCUCUCGUCACCCCUGGAAGCAACAGCCAGGAGCGGUACAUCCAGGCUGAGCGGGAGAAGGGGAUCCUUCAGGAGCUCUUCCUCAACAAGGAAAGUCCUCACGAGCCUGAUCCUGAGCCCUAUGAGCCUAUCCCCCCAAAACUCAUCCCCCUAGAUGAGGAAUGUUCCAUGGAUGAGACCCCGUAUGUUGAGACCCUGGAGCCUGGGGGGACCGGUGGCUCACCCGAUGGGGCAGGCGGUUCCAAGUUACCUCCUGUUCUGGCCAAUCUUAUGGGAAGCAUGGGUGCCGGGAAGAGCCCCCAGGGUCCUGGAGGAGGAGGCAUCAAUGUGCAGGAGAUCCUCACCUCCAUCAUGGGUAGCCCUAACAGUCAUCCCUCAGAGGAACUGCUGAAGCAACCAGACUAUUCAGACAAGAUCAAGCAGAUGCUGGUGCCUCAUGGACUCUUAGGCCCUGGUCCCAUAGCCAAUGGUUUCCCACCGGGAGGCCCCGGGGGCCCCAAGGGCAUGCAGCACUUCCCCCCUGGACCUGGCGGACCUAUGCCAGGUCCCCAUGGAGGCCCUGGGGGCCCUGGUGGGCCAGUGGGUCCACGUCUCCUGGGUCCCCCACCCCCUCCCCGGGGGGGAGAUCCCUUCUGGGAUGGCCCAGGUGACCCCAUGCGGGGUGGCCCGAUGCGUGGGGGCCCAGGACCGGGUCCUGGGCCAUACCAUAGAGGCCGUGGUGGCCGAGGAGGAAAUGAACCACCUCCUCCUCCUCCUCCAUUCCGAGGGGCCAGAGGAGGGCGCUCUGGAGGAGGACCUCCAAAUGGACGAGGGGGCCCUGGUGGGGGCAUGGUUGGAGGUGGUGGGCAUCGUCCCCAUGAAGGCCCUGGUGGGGGCAUGAGCAGUGGCAGCGGACAUCGUCCCCAUGAAGGCCCUGGCAGUGGCAUGGGCGGUGGGCAUCGCCCCCACGAAGGCCCUGGUGGUAGCAUGGGUGGGGGACAUCGCCCCCACGAAGGCCCUGGCGGCAGCAUGGGCGGUGGCAGUGGCCAUCGUCCUCAUGAAGGCCCUGGCGGAGGAAUGGGUGCUGGUGGUGGACAUCGGCCCCAUGAAGGCCCUGGACAUGGGGGGCCCCAUGGCCACCGGCCUCAUGAUGGCCCUGGUCACCGAGGCCACGACCAUCGAGGGCCACCCCCUCAUGAGCACCGUGGCCAUGAUGGCCCUGGCCAUGGCGGAGGGGGCCACCGAGGGCACGAUGGAGGCCACAGCCAUGGAGGAGACAUGUCAAAUCGCCCUGUUUGUCGACAUUUCAUGAUGAAGGGUAACUGCCGCUAUGAGAACAACUGUGCCUUCUACCACCCGGGUGUCAAUGGGCCCCCCCUGCCCUAGGGACCACCUGCCCGCCCCGCCCACACCCCUGUGGACUGCAGCCUUGCUCCUUCCGCCCUUUUAUGGCUUCUGUGAGGCCCAUUUUCCCCUUUCCCCAGCUGAUGAGGAGCCGGCCCCCUCAGUGCCCACCUGCCUGGGUUCCUGGGGGUUUUCUGAUCACUGGUGCGCAUUGAUGUACAUAUUUUCCUCCAGUCUGGGGAGGAGAGAGACUGGACACAUUCUGUACCCUGGACUGCCGAAGAGGAGACCCUGUUGGCUUCACUUUUUGAGGAGAUUUGCCCUUUAUGCCAAGCACCUCUCCGGUAUUACCCUUUAUGCCUGAGAACCUAAAGCUGGUUAUCCUGGAGAACACCUCUACUCUCCUCUUGUGGGUCCUCCACAUGCACACAGAACUCUGACACGGGAUCAACUGCACUUAUGAAAUCAUCCCAGCCAAGUUCAUGCUUCCUCAUGGGGUGGGGAGAUGGUAAAAGGGGUAUUGUGUAUCCCACUGCACUGAGAGGACUCAAUCAGGCUGGAUUUGAGUUCUGGAACACAUCAUCCCCACUCCUCCCCUGACACAGGCUUUACAUUGAGUCCUUUCUCAAGUAAGACGUUGCAAUCUUCCGUGAACACCCAAGUUUGCAUCAUGGGUCUGCUAGGUUCAAUGAUGGCAAAUUCACAUCGGCAUCCGGUGAAAAGUUUUAGCUGGCAUAGGUGAGGCCAUUGGUGGUGGUCCACCCUUGCCUGCAGCUCAUUCUGGAAAUUAAAACACUUCAGUGAGACCAGCUUUUCAUCAACUGAAGCCCGGCGUGCUGGGCAUGCCAGUCACACUACACGCACUGCCUCUGGGAGUUAGCACGCUCCUGGCCCCCACCUGGAACCUUGUGGGUGUGAAGCCUCCAGCUCCCUUGCCCUGUCAGCCACCUCUGAAUCCCCACCAGGUGCCUUCCUGGGUGGAUUCAAUAAGAUGACCUGCCCUCUCCCAGCCCUCUCCUUCACCUGUCUCAGCAUCAGUUGUUUUCUAUGAAAACUGGAUUGGUUGGGUUUUGUGCAGGGUCUUGGGUUAGAGCCACAAUGGAUUUGAGGAUAAGUAUUUUCUUUUUUCUUUUGGUUUUGUAUAUUUUGUACAUUAAUAAUAAACAGUGGAAAGAGAAGUAUUUAACCCCUGGUGUGCUUGGACUGUUUAAAAAG